UUUCAGCUAGAAAAUGGUUGCAAACAAGAAGAAGAAGAAUACUGGGCUGAGUAGGGAGGAGCUGAUGAUGAUGUGUAUUGGAGAUGUUAUUCAGGAACUGAUCCUAGCUCACGAUGAAGGGAAAGAUGCAAAUCUGAAUAAAGUCAAGAGAAAGUUUGCAUCAAAAUAUCAACUAGAAUCUGCUCCUAGACUGGUAGAUAUUAUUGCAGCAGUUCCAGCCCAAUAUAAAAAGAUUCUGGUCCCUAAGCUAAGAGCUAAACCUGUAAGAACUGCCAGUGGAAUUGCUGUUGUAGCCCUCAUGUGCAAGCCACACAGGUGUCCUCACAUCAACUUUACUGGGAAUAUCUGCGUAUACUGCCCAGGAGGGCCAGACUCAGAUUUUGAGUAUUCAACUCAGUCGUAUACCGGUUAUGAACCUACUAGUAUGCGAGCUAUCAGAGCCAGAUACGAUCCUUUUCUACAGACUAAACAUAGGGUUGAUCAGCUGAAACAGCUGGGGCACAGUGUUGAUAAGGUGGAGUUUAUUGUGAUGGGUGGAACCUUUAUGGCGCUGCCAGACGAUUAUAAAGAUUAUUUUAUCAGAAAUCUUCAUGAUGCAUUGUCCGGUCACUGCAGUAAUAAUGUGGACGAGGCAGUCAAAUAUAGUGAGAAGAGUCUUACGAAGUGUAUUGGAAUAACAAUUGAAACGAGACCAGACUACUGUCUUAAGAAACAUCUUUCCCAGAUGCUUAGUUACGGGUGCACGAGGCUCGAGAUUGGCGUUCAGUCCGUUUAUGAGGACGUAGCGAGGGAUACGAACCGAGGACAUACAGUUCGAGCUGUCUGUGAAUCCUUCCAUCAGUCCAAGGAUGCAGGAUUCAAGGUUGUAACCCAUAUGAUGCCUGAUCUGCCUAAUGUUGGCCUAGAGCGUGAUAUUGAACAAUUUAUGGAGUUCUUUGAGAACCCGGCCUUCAGACCUGAUGGUCUCAAACUCUAUCCUACUCUGGUUUCACUAUUAUAAGGUUUGUAUGAACUGUGGAAGACAGGGCGGUACAGAAGCUACCCAGCAGCUACCCUUGUAGAUCUGGUCGCUAGGAUACUAGCCCUGGUUCCCCCUUGGACAAGGGUUUACAGGGUUCAGCGAGAUAUACCUAUGCCCUUGGUAACUAGUGGGGUUGAGCACGGAAAUCUGAGAGAGCUUGCUCUGGCCAGGAUGAAGGAUUUCGGAACAGAAUGCAGGGAUGUCAGAACCAGAGAGGUCGGGAUACAGGAGAUACAUAACAAGGUUCGUCCGUAUGAAAUAGAAUUGAUCCGACGGGAUUAUGUUGCUAAUGGAGGAUGGGAAACCUUCUUAAGCUACGAGGAUCCGGAACAGGAUAUCCUGGUCGGACUACUCAGGCUUAGGAAACUCUCAGAGGAGGUCUUCAGGCCUGAGUUGAAGGGAGGAGUAUCUAUGGUUCGAGAACUUCAUGUCUAUGGCAGUGUUGUCCCAGUAGCUGCAAGAGAUCCGAGUAAGUUCCAGCACCAAGGGUUCGGGACCCUGCUCAUGGAGGAGGCGGAGAGGAUCGCUAGGGAAGAACAUGGAUCAGGAAAGCUGUCUGUUAUAUCCGGUGUUGGUACGAGGAACUACUAUCGGAAACUGGGAUAUGAACUGGACGGUCCUUAUAUGUCAAAAAUGCUAUAAAUCUAAGAAAUAUGAAAUAAAUUUAUUAUUAUUUUGAAUUUUCAGAAAAA